AUGCCGCGUCCGGCGGUGGCGCUGCGCGGGGCCCCGGCCGCCGGUUCCCACGGUGGCCCUCCAGGGUCCCGAGCUGGGACCCCUCCUGACGUGGCCCCUGAGGAAACGGGCAAGGGUUGUAAACGGAGGUUUCUAGUUGUUGAUCCCAGAGAAAUGAGGGGCCAGCUUCCCACCCUCGUCCGUCUCCACACCACCUGUGGCCCUCGGCACCAGGGGUCCCGAGGCAUUUUCUCGGGCUGUCUAAAUUCCUUUGCGCUGAUUUCUGAGUUUCUCCUUCAUUUUUCGAUGCCCAAUAUUAAGGGGUCACCCGAAGGAGGGUUUUAUCACCACAGAUCUGGGUUACCGGAAGCCGGCCGAGGGGCGAGAAAGAUGUGUUGCGAGGAGGGGGUUCAUGCUAUCUUCUCAUCCCCAGGACCCGCGGUCUGGCAUGAGAACUUCCCCAUUGCCAAGGGAGAGCGCCAGUCCCCUGUUGACAUCGACACCAAAGUAGCCAAGUAUGACUCUGCCCUGAAGCCUCUGAGCAUUAGCUACGACCAGGCUGCUUCUCGGAAGAUCUUGAACAACGGUCACUCCUUCAACGUAGAGUUUGAUGACUCCCAGGAUAAAUCAGUUCUAAGAGGAGGACCCCUCGAUGGGACUUACCGACUGAUACAGUUUCACUUUCACUGGGGCUCGUCUGAUGGUCAGGGUUCCGAGCACACAGUGGAUUCUCAGAAGUACGCUGCAGAGCUUCACUUAGUUCAUUGGAACACCAAGUAUGGGGAAUUUGGAAAAGCUGUGCAACAACCUGAUGGAUUGGCUGUGUUGGGUAUAUUUUUGAAGAUUGGCAGUGCUAACCAAGGCCUUCAGAAAGUUCUUGAUAUGCUGGAUACCAUUAAGACAAAGGGGAAAAGUGCCGACUUCACUAACUUUGAUCCUCGUGGCCUCCUUCCUCAAAGCUUAGACUACUGGACCUAUCUGGGCUCCCUGACCACCCCUCCACUUCUGGAGUGUGUAACCUGGAUUGUGUUAAGGGAGCCCAUCACCGUCAGCAGUGAGCAGAUGUUGAAAUUCCGUAGUCUUAACUUCAAUAAGGAGGGUGAACCUGAAGAACUGAUGGUGGACAACUGGCGUCCCACUCAGCCACUGAAGAACAGACAGAUCAAAACGUCCUUCAAAUAG